GAGCACCAGCGUCCUUACCUCAAGACUUAGUUGGGCUAAGCCUGAGGCUGCACUGGAAACGUAGUCCGAGCUAGCUCUAGAGAGAGAGAGAGAGUGGACGUUGUACUCGAAGCUCCAGAAGUUGAUUAUUGGCGUGACUAGAGCCCUUCCUAGAUGCUUAUUGCCUACAGAGCGCUAAACAACAAACGAGGGUUAGUUUAGACGCAAGAAAAAAUUCAUUCCAAAUCCUAAAUUUGAAAUUUGGGGUUUGCUAUUUCCCAAGAUCAAGUACCCGCCCAUUGCAAAUCCCAAUCCGAAUGAACUGAAGCACAACAAUGUCCACCUCCUCACCUUUUCAUCACGAUCUCAUCGCAUUAUCUGAACCAAUCCGAGAAUCCCUACUGAAAGCACAGUACAAUCCGGCAGAAGAUGGCUCGAACGUGUCGGUGAAGUCCAUGCUGGAGUCCCUUCUUCCCCAACCCAACUCCCCUGCCAACCCCAUUAAAGACUUCACUCUAUGCUGCGCGGCAUUAGCUUCUGCUUCAGGCUCCGCCUCUCAACACCUGUCCUGGAUCCCCAUUUCUCUCUCCGCUGCCGCCGACUCUGCCUUUCGAGGCCUCUCCAAUGUUUUUUCCCGCAGCUUCGUUGGUAAAUUGGGCGAUGAUUUCGGGUUGACGCCGUCGGAUGAGGAGAAAUUGGUGGGUGAAUUGAUGCCUCAAGUGUUGCCUUCAUUGAAAUCCACCAUUAAGGAGAGUUCAAUCGAUAAGUCUGAUGAUGGUGAUCAAAUAUCGGCAGCUGUGGCCAGGUCUCCCGUUGCCUACGCCGUUGUGGCUGCCUAUCAGUUUAGGUGGUUUGUCACCCAGGUCAGCUACCCUCAUCUUGGAAAAUUGUGCUCUUUGGUGAUUCCUUGUGCAUUAACAGCUCUUGAUCACUGGUCCCCGGAGGUGAAAGGGCAGGGAAUGAUUAGCUUUAUACAUCUUGCAAAAAAUGUGAAUGCUGCUGAGCUUAGUUGGUAUGAAGAUGUAAUUCUUGAUGCAUGCUGUCAAAAUAUUGCUUGUAGUGAUGAGAUAUGGCACCUUGUGGUUGAGAUGUCUGUAGCUCUGCUAUCAUGUAUCCAACGAAGUAAUCCUCGAAGCUCAUGGAUUGAAAGGAUCCUUAGUGAGAUGUUGAGUCACUUGGAGCGCCAACCAAGAAAUAAGGAGUGUCGUAUUGCUUGGCUGAAGCAUAUUGGGCAACUCUUCAAUGUUGCAGGUCUUGUAUUGCUAGCUCAUUUCAGACGGAUAUUUCCACUUUUCUUUAAGUGGAUGCAUGCUGAUGAUGAUGAAACCAUUUUGCUGGUUCUUGAACAGGUCCAUAUGGUUGUAAAGUUAACUUGGAUAAGGAACACACCGUAUAUCGAAAGAUUGAUAGAUGAGCUAGCUGCGUUGCACAAGGAGGCAGCACUCAAAGUUCGUCGUGAAGAAAUUAGGCGAUAUAUUUUUCAUAUACUAAUCCUGAUUCAGCAUUUUGUUUGAUUUUUCUCAUGUGAAAUAUGAAGAUGCAAAGGCCCACAGUUUGAAGGAGCUUGGGACAAGCAUAAAGAAGACCCCAACUUGAGAGCUCUCAGAGACUCCUUGAGUGGAACAAAUGUUACCGGGAUAUGAUUUUCUGUGGCUCUUCCAGAUGUAGUAAGUAAAGAUAUUUUGUCGAGGGAAGGAAGAACAGAAUGAGAAAUGGAAUUACUUGUAGUACGGGUGAUCAAAUCAGAAAGUAAAUUCCUUUUUGCAAAAA